AUGCCACCAACUGCCCCCCAUAUUUCCUUGAAUGCUCCGAUGUCACCAGAAGACCUGGAAAGUUCUAUAUGCCAAUCUGACACUACUUCCACAAGACGAGCUGAAUCUCUGAAAUUAUCUGACUACUCACCAGAAGAGAUCGAAGUAAUUAACAGCGCGCGCAGGUGGGUUGUCAUGGACAUGAUCACGACCAAUGGUUGGAAGAAAAAUAGUAUGAGGAAGCAGAAACUGGCCAUGCACUCGUAUGCUAGAGAAGUUGUCGACGAGUACUACCAUAACUCUGUCGCACGUGCUGAUUUUCCACUAAGGUUAAACACGACGUCUUCCAUCACGACCCUCAUGAUCCAUGGCUUGACAAACAGCCGCUCGAAACUUAUCGAAAACACUGAAAAAGAGUCCCUGCCUUAUUACUUUGACGACCUCGAGCCUGAAGACAAGUCACUGUCUGCUAAGGAUCGCCAAAAAUAUAUGGCGGCGCAUAGAAAUGCCAUCUAUAACUCAGACGAUCAGCAUACAUAUUUUUUGCAUAAUCACAAGGGUGGCCGGCUCUUCAUUUUUUCUCAUCCUGCCUUGCAAGAGGUACACAUCAAACAGUGGUAUACCAACGAGUCCUCACCUCUUUUUGAUGAGACAUCAAGGCCAAUACUCACGACGACGACCAUUCCUAUGUUAUCGAUGUCGGCGAUUUGGGUCAUGGGAGCCAUAGAUCGGUAUGUUGAAGGACGCCUUUCCAAGUCCGGGGACGUCCUACAGUUUACUGGUAAAUUGUAUGCCGACAAGCAGAAUGCGAUACAAAGGGCAAUGGAAAUUGCCUUUGAGACUGAUGUUCAUCGGGAGGUAAUGAAAGAAUAUUUUCAAUACUUGCAUAACAGGGGAAUGAAAACCUUAAAUGACAAAUUGGGUCUUACAUUACCCACUUUGAUUUAUAUUCCUACGUCACUGGAAGAACUGACUCUACCACCUGAGCCAGAAAAUCUCACCACCCCUCACGAUACUGCCCCUGACUUGUACUCACAGCACUACCAGCACAACCAGCAAACAAACUCGUUCACACCGUGGCCAUCAACUGUCUCUUACUCACAGUCUCCCGUCCCUAGCAGGUCUGCACUUGCGCUUUACUCCGAGGUGCAGCCUUUCUACGACCAGUCAGCUUUACAAAUGCACAUGUCCGAGUCAUUUGCACGGGAAUCUUAUAUGAACCUCUCUGCGAAGUCAACGUGUGACUCAUUAGCAGAAGAAGAUGACCAGGACACUUUCUGGACUGCGUCCGGGCCAUACCAUAAUGCUAUGUAG